AUGAUGAACCUAAAUGAAGACACAGACAUUAACAAGCUCAUUGAGGAAAGGAACGAAUGGGUAAAGAAGUAUGAAUCCGUUGAGUCCGAAUGUGCAACCUUGAGGGAAAAGUUGGAUAGAAUCACUUUGAAUACCCCUGACAAAAAUGAGCAGUUGCAUGGGAACGACGCCUUCCGGAAGGACAUUUCGAUGAAGUACAAAUACAUGCAAAACCAGUGCGAAUUCCUCAGCGUCCAGCUGAACAUCCUCACCCUGCAGAAGGAUAAAGAGGUACAGAAAAACCAAGACCUGCAAUCCACGAUCGACAAGCAGAAAAACGAAAUAAAGGGGUACCAGAAAAUUCUUGAAAAAGUAAAAAAUAUGAACAUCUCUUUCAGAAAAGAGAAAAACGAAACAGAAAAAAAAAUUUGCACCAUUAGAGAUAGCGACUUACUGACCAGAAACGACAACGUCCUGCUCAAAGAAAUAGUAAAAAUAAAUGACAAGCUGAUAGAAGUGAAUGAAAAAAUAAGAGACAACGUUCAGGAAGAGCUGAACAAGGCCAGAACUAAACUUUCCGUUGCCCAUAACCAAAUUGGGCGCUUCUCCGAGGCAGUCAAUAAUAUGAGGGAGAAUUUUACCAAGUAUAAGAAGAGGAAAGAAAAUAUUUUGCUAAAAAUACUAACAACCAAUGAACAGUUAAAAAAAGAAUUGUGUGAAAAAAGAAUAACCGAGCAACGCAACAUGGAGUGGAACAACCAGUUGGAAGAGUUCAUCACAGCCAAUGUUCUGCUGAAUUUUUACGAGGCCAAAUAUAAAAUGACCGACUUCAUCCUACACACUGUGCUGGGGUAUGUUAGCUCCAUGGGCAGUUUGGAUCGUGUUGGCGAUGCAGAACGCGUUGUAUUAGAUAGGGUAAAUGAAGGGGAUGCAAAUUACUCCCUUUUAAACGCCCUCCUGGCAGUGCCUAUGGGGGAGGAAAAUAAAAAAAAAACAGAAUCGUCCUCCGAAAGGGAAUUCUACGACGAGUUAAUGAACACUCUAAGGGCAGAUCUCCUUUCGGGCAAUUUCCCACAGAGACACCAAAAAAGGAACAAGCAGGAUCCUCCCACGAAGGUGGACAAUUCGGCAGAAGAUGGUAACUCCAUGGAAACAUUCCUACCUACCAACGCGAAUAAAUCAAACAUUGUAAAGGAUAUAUACUACCACAUAAAGUUUGUGAAUGAAAUUUUAGAGACAGUCAACGUGACACUCAUUCUGCUUGUGUAUACACACGAGACGUACUUAAAGGAGCCGCUUAACCACAUCCACCAGGAGGAGUACAUCCAAAUGGAAGAAAAGGGGAACCUACGAUUUGGUGCCUACUUUUUUACCUCUCUCUCGAACUUUCUCUUAUCCGUCUUGAAAUACGUCCAUAUAGUUAGAGGCACGGAUAGACACGCCCACUUGGCACUACUACAACAGGAGCAGCUAUUUAAAUUGUUCUGUUUAUGCAAAUACGUACUGGAGGAGUACGUUGAAAAGAUUAGAAUUAAAUUGUUCACGUCGACGAUAGAUUACCACGUAUUAGACGUGCUGAGCGGUCAGCUAAGGGGCAUCUAUGAUGAGGUCUUUCCUGACUUGGUGCGCGGAAACAGCGAAGGGGGGGAAGUCCUCCCAACGGAUGACCCACCAAAAUGUAAUAACCUUAUGGAGAGGAAAAAUAACCCCCAUGAUGAGGAAAAAAGGACCAAAUUAACAACCUGCGGGGGUAGCCAAAAUAGGGAUGGAGACUCCUUCCAGAAGGAACAUUCCUAUGAGGAGUCUACUGAGGAAACUACCUCCCUUGACUUAUUGGGCCACUUAAAUCUCACCAUCGGUUUGAGCGUCAUGUUAAUGAUCGACCAGGAUGUCUACUGUGAUGUGUUCCCCGACAUGGAUAUGAACCGACAAAAGGAAAUAAUAACGAAAUGUCAGCAACUGCUAAAACUAGUGAAAGCACCUCUCAAAAUUAGCAGUUUUUAUUUCCCCAUAAAGAGGUAUAAAUUUUCUUUUAAAAAAUUUAUUACGCACUGUGAGAGGUAUCAAACUCUGGUUGUGAGUAGUGCAAAUGGAAGGAAUUCCACCCAUGGGGGUACCAACAGGGAAUACACAAUCAACCAGGUGAGUGUCACCAUGUUAGACGAACUGAAAAGUAUACUAGAGGAUGUUACUAAAAUCUACUCCAUCGAUAUGCAGGAAAGGGGGGAUCCAUACAUACUACAAAUGUGCGGCAAAUUGGUACAGCUUUACCAGGAUGAAGUGGCAGAAAGGGGAAAACAAAGCAAAGAGGAACACAGAGAGACAGUCCUAAAAAGGGAUGAACUCAUAACACAGUUACAAGAGGAAGUUACACAGAAUAGGGACAAAAUGAAUGAACUGAAUAAACAGCUCAACCUACUCACCAUAAGGGAAGAAAAAUACAACAAAAUAAGCAUCGAUUUGAAUGUCCUAAAGAAGGAAAAAAAUGAGUACCUAAAUAUAAUAAGGGAGCUACGCGAAAACAAAAACGAAAACGUAAAUGAAAUUUCUCAUCUCACAAAACAUUACAAUGACGUUAAGAAGAAAUAUAAUGACGUGUUGAAAAAUUAUGAACACAGGAAAAAGUUCUAUGGCACACAGAAACAAAUGGAACCAUCCAACAUUGAUACCUACUACGUGAGGAAAAUUAUAAAUAAUCUUUACUACGAGAAUUUUCUAACCAAAGUGGGUACACACUACCGCUUGUUUGGGCAAUCGGGCUACCCCUCCGGUGAGACCUUCUGCACCUCCGUUGGGCAGACGCUACACAUGCCGCUAUACACACAUGAGGAAGAGGAUGGCAUAUUCUCCUUAACAAACCAAAUGGACCCCAACCGAAAAAACCAAUCAUCGACAGAGGAAAGCUACUUCACAAACCAGAAACAUGCAACCCUGUACGACGAUAUAUACAACUGCGAAAUAAUCAAAGGCAGAAUAAAUCGUUCACAAAAGGGUUAUUUUAAGAAUAGACUCUACCGGACCAACACCACUUUGCAGAAAGUAUCCCCCCAUCGGAAGGAAGAAAAAAACACACAACACAUAAGUGAUAUUAUCGAUAUAGUGGAAGAAUAUAAAAAUUUAAAAAAUGAAUUUUUCACCCAAAUGGUAAACACUCCAAUUGGGAAUAAUUGCAUCCUAAGGGGGGGUAAAAAAAAGGAACAACAAAAUUGGGCACGCUUAUCGGAAAAAGUGGCGCAAUUAAAAUAUGCGAUACGGAAAUUUCAUGCCGACAAGGGGACAGGGUUAAAUGGGAGUCCUCCUCCCUCCGCCCGAAAUGUUCUCACCAUUUCGUUUCGUGAAAGGUCGGACAGUUGCCAAGAUGGAGACACGCCAAGGGACAACACAAUCACAGAUGGUCACAAAACAACUGAAGGGAAAGUACAGCAAAGCUGCAACAAUGUUAUACUCACCGAUCAGUCCUUUUCCUACCUCCUUCAUAACAUGUUCGAUAUGUAA